GGUGCGAUUCGGAACAGCCAGCAGUCAGUCAAUGGGGUUGGCGUUCUCGCAACUAUCGAGGACUGCUCAAAAAUGAUCCCUACACAAGACAUGGACAAUAGGACCGAAUAUUACAACAUCUAUGGGGCAUACUUUGCCCCUUUAAGGUCAGGGGGCGAACGGAUGUUGGGUGAGGGACUGACUGGAGAGGAUCUGGCUAUGAUACCAGAGCACUGGUUCAAGUACCCAGAGCCACCAGCUAGUGCACACACAGCUCUAUGUCUUCUUUACUGCUUCUUCACAGCGGCAGCUCUUAUUGGAAAUGGCAUGGUUAUUUUUAUAUUUGCCUCGACAAAAUCUCUACGAACAGCUAGUAAUCUUUUGAUUUUAAAUCUAGCAAUAUUCGACUUCAUUAUGAUGCUCAAAGCACCCAUAUUCAUAUAUAACAGCGCUAUGCGAGGAUUUGCAGCAGGUGCCUUGUGGUGCAAAAUAUUUGCAGUUAUGGGAUCCUACAGUGGCAUAGGUGCAGCAAUGACCAACGCUUGCAUCGCAUAUGACAGGCAUUCAACAAUCACAAGACCUCUUGAUGGACGGCUGUCCAGAGGAAAAGUUUUAUUAAUGAUAAUUUGUAUAUGGAUAUACACGACACCAUGGUCUUUGAUGCCAUUGUUUAGAGUUUGGGGUAGAUUUGUUCCUGAGGGCUACCUAACAUCGUGUACGUUCGACUACCUUACCAACUCCUUCGACAACAAGUUAUUUGUUGGCUGUAUAUUCACUUGCAGUUAUGUUUUCCCGAUGUUGUGUAUUAUCUACUUCUACAGCGGUAUCGUGAAACAAGUAUUCGCUCACGAAGCAGCUUUAAGGGAACAAGCUAAGAAAAUGAAUGUAGAGUCAUUGCGCUCUAACCAGAACGCAGGUGCAGAAUCCGCUGAGAUACGAAUCGCAAAAGCUGCAUUGACUGUCUGUUUCCUAUUUGUCGCUUCCUGGACUCCGUAUGGCGUAAUGUCGCUCAUUGGAGCAUUCGGCGACCAGGAAUUAUUGACUCCAGGGGUCACGAUGAUUCCGGCAAUAACAUGUAAAGCCGUUGCAUGUAUAGACCCCUGGGUUUAUGCUAUUAGUCAUCCAAAGUACAGGCAAGAAUUACAAAGGAGAAUGCCAUGGCUACAAAUAAGCGAACCAGAUGACAAUACAUCGAACACAUCAAAUACUACAACCAACAGUGCCGCCCCUGCAUGAAAAAAAAAUACUAUGCCAUAAACUUUAUUAUAUUUUAGCCAAAUAUUCAUAUAUAGUUUAAGUAGGUAUAUACUAUUUAAUCAUGGACUCAAAAGGAGUAAAAAUAGCAAAAAAAAUACUAACGACGACUUGGCUAUACUUAUGGACUCUGAAUUUUCUAAAAUAUUACAAGAUAUUAUAAUUAUUUAAUGAAGCAGCAAAAUAAAUGUGUCGAACAUGA